GCUAGAAGUAAUAACAACCUCGUUUAGUAAUUCGGUUACAAAGUUAUUUAAUAUCUUCGUCAUGAAACUGUUUGUAGCAGUUUUAGUCCUGUGUUCGUUGGCCGUUUGCUUCGGUUCGCCCAUCGACAAUAAGAAUCUGAAAUCUUUGUUAGGUGUUGAAGCCUCAGCUCAUAAUGAUAACAAUGGACAAAUACAAGCAGACAAGCCUGAACAUGUUGGUGCUGACAAUACUGAACACAUUCGUAUAGCACGUCAUCAUGGUUAUGGUGGAUAUGGUGGUUAUGGGGGCUAUGGUGGCUAUGGGGGCUAUGGUGGAUAUGGCGGUUAUGGAGGAGGUUAUGGUGGUUAUGGAGGAGGUGGCUAUGGAGGAUACGGCGGAUAUUACGGAUAA